AUGUCGAGGACCCCGGGAGACAUGGGGAUCCCAGCAACAUGUUCGGGGGCCAGCUGCAAGGGUGAAGAGCUCCCUGCAAGCACCGGCAGGGGAACUGUGGAAGCGAGGCGCAAGGGAACGGAAAGAUCGGAGACGGCGCGAGAGAUGGCCGUUGGGAGCGGUACACGCAUUGUUGAGGAGGGGUCGCGCAUUUCCCAUCUUUCCGACUUCAAAAAAUUUCAAGACGGCGGCCAGCUUUUGGUUCGAAGGGCGGAAACUGAUCCAUCGCGCGAGGGCCGGCAUCUCUCCGAUCCUGCCGGCAAACCCAUUCCGGAGUAUCAGGUCCUCGAGGACGCGGGGGAUCGCGGAGGUGCGUGGAGUGAUAGCACGCGCAGCAGCAGAUCGAACGGACCCGCCGAGAAUGAGGAAGACGACGGCAAGAUGCGACCGUGGUGUGCUGCGGUCAUGAGGGCGCCAUAUCUCUCGCCUGCUGCGUCAGUCCACAUCCACUAG